AUGAAAUUUCACCAUAAUAAUAUUCAAUAUUGUAGAUCUACAAGCAUAUUGCGGGUCAAUUUAGUCUCGAGUGAGCCCAUUAGCAUGAUAUCCAAGCAAGAUCUGAUUGCCAGUUUUUCCCCGGAUGCUCGUCAAUUUGCUUUCCAAACGAAUGUCUCACAAAAGAAUGUAAUUGACAUCUACCCGCUGGAGGCAUCCAAUGGCUAUAACGUAAACAGCUCGCUGGUCAGCCACAUUGAUUACGAGAGUAACGAUCUUCGAGUGACCGAAAUUUUCCACCUGGGAUGGUGUAGCAGUUUAGUGGAAGACAGCAAACAAAGAGUCAAGAGGAAGAAUGGAGAUGAGAAUAACGUCGAGCUUGAUACUGACACUGACCGUGAGAACUUUUUUGUCAAUGCUGUAUCUCCCGGGAAAAUCGUGAUUUUUUCCUCUAGUGGUAAAGAUAUCGUGAACAUAGUUCAGAACAAAAGUAGCAUACUUCAUGUCAGCUUGGAAGAUGCCUACAUAUGGUUACUGGACAAUGAAAAUGCAAUUAAAAAACUCCAAUAUAAUCAAGCAAAACAAAUUAAGUCAUUCCACAUUGUCGAUGGAAAGGAUGAGGAGAUUACCUAUUUCAAAGCGCUAAGGAAUGAUCGCGCUACAUACCUAUGUUACGCCUCGAAAGACAGAGUUUAUGUUAUUGAUCCAAGCAAGCGGAGACCAACUACAGUAGCGACCUUAGCUGUCGGUACGUGCAUCUCGUCUGAAAUAUUGGAGAAUGGGGAUUUAGCCAUUGGUACUGAAACGGGCCUUUCUGUCUUCAAUUUAGAAUCAAAGAGUCUCGUACAGGAAUGGCAGACUGAGGCGAAGAUUUUGAGAGUCAUUAAAGAUACUGUCCUGUGCUUGAACUCUGAGGGUGAGAUUUUGGCUUUCAGGUUGGGAACCGACAUUCCAAUUUGCAAAAUAAAAGUUGUAGAUUCGCAGAUUAUCGAAUUUGUGCGAGUCGCAGAUUCAGUCAUGGUUGCUUGGCUGAAUGUCAACGAGCCUAGUUUUAAACUAAUAUCGUUGGGCGACUUGAAUGGAAAUGAUGAGAUUAUCAUAAAUGAUCAAAAAGACGAUAAGCUAGAUGGCAAUGAACUUGCUACCGAAGGUAAGCAAGAGCCACACAGUUCCGAAGAUGAUGACGAACAACAGCAGGAGGACGUGAUAGUUUCACGCAAGAAGGUCACAAAGGCAGAACAGGAUGAACUGAGUAAAUCUUUAGUUCAAGCAUUGGAAUCACUGGAGGAUGCCAAAAUACUGGAAAUAGUGUGUUCAGAUAAAUGGAACGAGCACAGAGUAAAAUCCUUUAUCAUAACCCAGCUAAUAGCAGAUGAUGCUCUCUCCAAAUUUUAUGAAGUAACAGCCCUUGCUUUUCAACAUAAUCCAUGGGAAAACAAUGAGAUAUCAUCUCUAUGGAUGAAGUGGCUACUCACCUUGAAAGGUGACCUUUUCUUCAACUCCUCUUCUCAAUCUAAGCACGCCAAAAAACAAGCUAGACGCUUGAGAGCUUCAUUAAAAGCAUCGGGCGACUGCCUACCAGUUCUUCUAGGAAUCCAAGGUAGGUUGGAGAUGCUGAAAAGACAAUCGCAGCUCAGAGAAGAGUUAGCACAGGUAAAUUUGACUGAAACCGAAGGAGAAGAAGAAGUUGAAACGGUACUGAAUGAGGAGGAACAAGAGCCUUCUGAAGCAAAUGAUGAAUACAACAAUUCAAUAUCAUAUGCAAACGGAGAGAGUGAUACAUUUGUGGACGCUUCCGAGUUCAGGAGCCCUGCAUAA